AUGAAUUGGCUCAAAUCUACCCUCUCCGCUGUUGCGGGAACGCAGGAACCGAUCUAUGGCCCUGAAGCCAUCCAACCCGUCUCUCAGCAACAGACCGAAGAUGCCCCUUACAGAGAGCUUACCAAGGAGGAUUUGCGGUGGCGCGCCUUCCAGCACACAAAUGUCGAGACCCAGACAUACUAUGCCAUGGCCGAUGAGGGCACGCUAGUUAUGGUUCAGAUCAUUUACAGCAACAUCGCUGGAAUCCAUACUACCGCACAGUUCAACUGCAAGAUCUUCAAUACUUCAGGCGAUGGAAACCCCCACAUCUGGUUCUCCGAUCCCCUGAGCAACCACAUGUUCGAUGAGAGCAUGCUUUCCUUUGCCGCUGAUAACAUCUCUCUGUCUCUGAAUGAAGCGGGCGAUACAUACACCUUUAAAUCCGCUGUGAACGAAGGGUGUCUCGUGGAUUUGACCUUUGCCCGCAUCUCGCCGGGUUUCGCCAUCGGCAAGGAAGGCACCACAUACUUCGGUACAGACCCCGAGAACCCAUGGGGCUCUAUGCGCCAUAUGUUCUGGCCCCGAUGCAAUGUAGCCGGAACCAUAACCACUAAGGAGAAGGUUUAUGACAUGAAGGGCCGGGGUUUGUUCUCCCAGGCUCUUCAGGGCAUGAAGCCCCACCAUGCAGCUUCCCGCUGGAACUUUGUCAACUUCCAGACGCCCUCUUUCUCCGCUAUCAUGAUGGAGUUUACGACGCCGCCCUCCUACGGCUCAACUGUGGUAAAUGUUGGCGGUAUCGUCAAGGACGGCGAGAUUAUCUACGCGGGUACUUCCAACACCGCAACUCACACAGAGUCGUCAGAGGAUGAAACUAGUAACUGGCCGGAGCCGAAGUCCAUCAGAUGGGUGUGGGAAGGUAAGACGAAGGAUGGUAAACCCGUCACCGCGGAGAUCGACGGCUCUCUUGGGUCAAAACUUGACCGUGUCGACGUCAUGGCCGAAGUACCAGGUUUCAUCAAAACCAUUGCCGGCAGCGUCGCAGGCGCGCGACCAUAUAUUUUCCAGUACUCGCCUCAGGAGAAGCUCUCCCUGAAACUGAAGGUCGGCGACGAAGAAUUUACGGAGAAAGGAAGCAUGUUCUCCGAGGCGACUUUCAUUUCCUAA